GGGAAGAGCCGGCUGCCAGACGCCGCGCGAGAGGUUGAGGGAAGCGUAGGUCUUACGUCACGUCCGCGUCCGCCACGUCCAGCGGAGACGGGAACAAGAUGGCGGUCCCGGGCAGGCAGUAUGGGCUUAUUUUGCCAAAGAAAACACAGCAGUUGCACCGUGUUUUGCAAAAACCAUCAGUAUUUGGGAAUGAUUCUGAUGAUGAGACCUCCGUGAGUGAAAGUCUUCAGAGGGAAGCUGCCAAGAAGCAGGCCAUGAAACAGACCAAACUGGAAAUUCAGAAAGCUCUUGCAGAAGAUUCCACUGUGUAUGAGUAUGACAGUAUUUAUGAUGAAAUGCAGAAAAAAAAGGAAGAAAGUAAUCCCACACUGCUUUUGGGAACCAAAGAUCGAAAGCCCAAAUAUAUUCACAACUUACUAAAAGCAGUUGAGAUCAGAAAAAAGGAACAGGAAAAAAGAAUGGAAAAGAAAAUACAGAGAGAACGAGAAAUGGAAAAAGGAGAAUUUGAUGAUAAAGAGGCAUUUGUGACAUCUGCUUAUAAAAAGAAGCUUCAGGAGAGAGCUGAAGAGGAAGAAAGAGAAAAGAAGGCUGCUGCCCUAGAAGCGUGUUUGGAUGUAACCAAGCAGAAAGAUCUCAGUGGAUUUUAUAGGCACCUAUUAAAUCAAGCAGUUGGUGAAGAGGAAGUACCUAAGUGCAGCUUUCGUGAAGCCAGAUGUGGAAUAAAAGAAGAGAAGCCCAGGGGUUACUCUGAUGAAGUAGAUUCAGAGAACAGAAUACCACAGCAGAACCGCAUUCUCCAGCCUGGUGUAGAAGAGGAAGAGAACCCAGACGCUGACAGUGAUUUCGAUGAUAAGAGCAGUGAAGAUGAUGAAAGGGGAAGAAAUAAAGUGAACUACAGAAGGGAAGAGGUCACAGGAACCUCCGAGAAAUACUCCAAGCAUCACAAGAAUGAAAACCACUCACGAUCAUCUAGUGAAGAAAGAGGACAUGGUGCCAAGCACCAUAACAGAAGUUCCAAAUCAAGAGGAUACGAGAAAAAGGAAGGUCAGCACCAGGACAGGCAAUCCAGAGACAAGGAGAACUAUUACACAGAUCGUGACCACCGAAAAGAAAAGGAUUCUCAUAAACACAAAGAGACUGAUCAUAAAGACCACAGGAAGAGGCAUGCACCAGAGGAUAAACUGAGGGGAAGAGUCAAGAAAGAAAGACAGGACAGAGAAUGGAAAAAAGAGAAGUCCUCCUCCAGAGAACAAGAAAGGGACAGACCACAAAGCACCCAUGAGCGAUGCAGUGAGAAAGGGGCCGAGAAGGGUGAGCAAAGCAGAGCAAAAGGGGAGCAUCUAAAAGGAAGGAAGGAAUGCUGUGACAGCAGCGGUAAAUACAGAGACAGAGAAAAACAAGUUAAUAUUCAGACGGCAGACAGAAAUGGAGACAGGUCAGAAAGCAGCCCAAGGUCUAAAGCAAAGAAUGAGUUUCUUAACCAGGAAAGAGCCAACAGAGUGAGAAACAUGGAGAAGGACAAAGACAGACACCAAGAGAAACCCUCUAGUUCUGAGACAUCACUGGGCACAAAACAUAGACUCACAGAGGAAAGGAAAGAAAAGGGCAAAGAACAGGAGAGAGCGCCCGAGGCAGUGAGCAAAUUUGCAAAGCGCAACAGUGAGGAAACGGUGAUGUCAGCCAGAGACAGGUACCUGGCCAGGCAGAUGGCACGGAUUAAUGCAAAGACAUAUAUUGAGAAAGAAGAUGAUUAAUAGCUGCCCCAUCAGAUCCAUGGAAGCUUAGAGCAUUGUAACAUCUGGAACUUGAAUUGGGAAAGCAUAAAAUAUGGUGUUAACAGUGACUGGAGGGUAUUUUUAAAGUGUAUUUUAUUUAGGUUUAAGUCGGAGUUGGUCCUUUCAUCUUAGAUAUUUGGUUGGAUUUAUAAAAUAUUUCCUUAUUAAAAACACUUUCUUGAUUUAACCAUAAGAAUAUGUUAAAUCUUCCUAUGAUGCUUUGUGAGCAGAAUUGGCUUCAUUAUAACCAUUAAAAACAAACAACUCUUCUAAUAAUGUUA